GGAGGAAAGAAAAAGAAAGCCCCUCCCAACAACUUUAAUACUAUUUUAUACAUUUCUCCACCAGAUUCCAACCAAAACCAAAUAAUUAUUUCCGUUAAAAUAUUAUUUCCCUCAUUAAAUAAUUAUUCACUAAAAUAUUUUUUAAUACCCCCAAUUCAGUAUAUCUCCUUUUCCAUCUGUUUAUUUUUUAAUCUCAAUUUGGACAGUCUUAGGAAAGUUAGGAACCCAAUUACCUGAACAACAAAAACAAGGAUUCAUUUUAUCUGCCCAUUUUCAUUUCCCUUGGAAACUCAAAAUAUUUCAAAUUUCACUCUUUCUUUCUGCACAAUAUUUUUCCCAUCUAUUUUCUCUAAACUCACAUAUUAUUUUCUCCCACAAAAAUUAAGCUCAUAAUUUUUAUUUUUUUCUGGGCAUCCAAUCCUGCUAAUUUAUUUUUAGUGACAAAUUUUAUCUAAAUGGUGCAAAGUUGAAGAUUUUUCAUAUAUUGUUUCAUGCCCAGCUUCUGAAGCUAGCUUUUAAUUCGAUUUUCUCAUUUUUCUGGCUUAAAUUUUUCAUCUUUCUGAAAAAUUAUUUCCCAGCAUAGUAGCAGAGCUUUUGGGUGAUUGAGUUUGAAGAAGAAAAAAAAAUGAGAUAUUGAUGUGUGGUUUUAGUUUAUGGUAUGCGUAACUACUACUUCACAAGUGUUUGAACAUGGAGGCCAGUGGCGGUGUUAGCGGCGGUGUUACGGUGGUGGGAUCGGAUGCUCCGUCGGACUACCAUGUAGCUCCGAGGACCGAAAACCCGGCUCCGGCCGGCGGAUCCACGACGCAGAUUCCGGCGACGGCGGGGAGUGCUCAGCCGCCGCCACAUCCGCCGCACACGGCGGCGACGGAGGUGUCUCCGGCGACGAUGCCCGCGAAGAAGAAGAGGGGCCGGCCGAGAAAGUAUGCACCGGAUGGGUCGGUGGCCAUGGCGCUGUCUCCGAAGCCGAUAUCUUCCUCCGCCCCGUUGCCGCCGGUGAUCGAUUUCUCGGUGGAGAAGCGUGGAAAAAUAAAGCCAACCAGCUCUGUCAGCAAAGCCAAAUUUGAGUUGGAGAAUUUAGGUGAAUGGGUUGCAUGCUCAGUUGGUGCUAAUUUUACUCCCCAUAUCAUCACUGUUAAUUCUGGUGAGGAUGUUACUAUGAAGGUUAUAUCGUUUUCUCAGCAAGGGCCACGAGCUAUAUGCAUUCUUUCAGCUAAUGGUGUCAUAUCAAGUGUCACACUUCGUCAGCCCGAUUCUUCUGGGGGCACAUUGACAUAUGAGGGACGGUUUGAAAUUCUGUCUUUAUCUGGCUCAUUCAUGCCCAGUGAAAGUGGAGGAACACGAAGCAGAUCAGGUGGCAUGAGUGUAUCUCUGGCAAGCCCUGAUGGACGUGUUGUAGGUGGUGGAGUAGCUGGUCUUUUAGUGGCUGCAAGUCCUGUGCAGGUAGUGGUAGGAAGUUUUCUGGCAGGAAACCAACAUGAGCAGAAGCCAAGAAAACAGAAACAUGAGGUGAUAUCAAGUGUGACACCAACUGCAGUUGUUCCAAUCUCUACCCUUGAUCCAAUACCAAUUCUAUCAGCAGCAGCAACCACCAUCCGCGGUGAAAAUUGGUCUGCUAUGCCGUCAGAGGCCAAGAAUAAGCCAACUGACAUUAACGUGUCACUUCCUGCAGGAAUUUGAGUUGGCUGAUUAGGGAUGCUUUUAAUGCCGAUGUUGUGUCGCGAAGAACACUUUGAUGUCAUAGUUAUUCCUGAGAAUCCAUCUUCCUUUGGAGUGUUAGAUUGUGUAAUCCACGUUAUUUCUUCUUGUUAAGACAUUAUUCUUAAUUUGAGAAUCAUCAUUUCUAAUUAUUUUAAGCUCUGUUACUACUUUGAUAACUCAAUCUGUUGGUUUCCAUGUGAUGUCUUUCAAAUUGAGACAAUAGUUGUAAAAUAGAAGACGUAGGUUUCUUCUGUUUCAAUAUGAGUUGGUAUUCAAUCCUUAUUAUAAAUAUGUUGUAUGCAUCUAAAUAAAUUCUUAGACACAGUUUGCUUUUA